CCUUCACCAAAAGGAGGGGAAAAUAUCCAAUUUUCAUCGCAAAAUUAGCUAGGGCGAGAGCAAAGGGCUGAGCUAAUUGUAGCCUAAUCCUCUGCCCUGCAGGCGUUUGCAAAGCCCUGAGCAAGAAUUCGCUUUUUUUCCUCCUCUUCUCCCUUCCCUCUGUUAUUUAGAGACGGGAUUAUUGCCUUUCUUCUCAUAACAGCCUCGGCAGUUUCAUUUAAAGGUUUUUUUCCCCCUCACACACACACACAUCCACAGACACACAAAAUAAAUAGAAAAAGCAGCAGCAAAAACGGGGGGAGAGGAGAGACUGAGGAGCUUUAAAAAUAAUAAUAAUAAUAAUAAUCACAGCAGGAUCUGCGGAGCAAAGACAGUAAUAAAAGCAAAAAGCUGAGCCCAUCACACACAAACCCAACAGAGCCCAAAGCCAAAGGGGGGCUUGCACAUCUCUUCCGUGCUCAAGGACCCGUUUGCAGCCGCUCCGCUUUGAUAGCGCCGUGUCUCCGUCUGUGUGUGUAUGUUUUGUUUUGCUCCGCUCCAGCAUGGGCAGCGCCGGCGGAGCCCCGCGGCCCGGGGUGCCCGCGCUGCCGUCCCGGCCCCGGCUCUGAAGACGACGGCCAAGCCCCAGCGCGGCGGAGGCAGCACGGUUCGCUCCGCGCUCUCGCAUGGAGGGAAGAAGCAUGUCCCGUCUGUCUCUAACACGGUCCCCGGUUUCUCCUCUGGCUGCGCAAGGAAUUCCUCUCCCAGCGCAACUCACCAAGUCAAAUGCUCCUGUGCAUAUCGAUGUAGGAGGACACAUGUACACCAGCAGCCUGGCUACCUUGACGAAGUACCCAGAUUCCAGAAUAAGUCGCCUGUUUAAUGGCACAGAGCCUAUUGUCUUGGACAGUUUGAAACAACAUUAUUUCAUUGAUCGAGAUGGUGAAAUUUUCAGAUAUAUAUUAAGCUUCCUAAGGACAUCUAAGCUACUGCUCCCAGAUGACUUUAAGGACUUUAAUCUUUUAUAUGAAGAAGCAAAAUAUUACCAGCUGCAGCCAAUGAUUAAGGAACUUGAGCGAUGGAAACAAGAGAAAGAACAACGGAAACAUUUCCAGCCUUGUGACUGCUUGGUCGUAAGAGUGACUCCAGAUCUGGGAGAGAGAAUUGCAUUGAGUGGGGAGAAAGCUUUAAUAGAAGAGAUCUUUCCGGAGACUGGGGAUGUCAUGUGCAACUCUGUGAACGCCGGCUGGAACCAGGACCCUACCCACGUUAUUAGGUUUCCUUUGAACGGGUACUGCCGGUUGAACUCAGUGCAGGUGCUUGAAAGAUUAUUUCAGAAGGGGUUCAGUGUGGCAGCUUCAUGCGGUGGUGGGGUGGAUUCCUCUCAGUUCAGUGAAUAUGUGCUGUGUCGUGAGGACAGACGACCACAACCCACCCCAACCAUCAGAAUAAAACAGGAGCCCCUGGACUAGACCCUACCCCCCUACUCCUUUGUAACCGUACAAGUGUUUAAUAGUCCCUUAUGUGAAACACUAAGAAUUUGGAAAACAGUAUUAGCAAACA